AUGAGCUUACCGAACUGUGAUGCAUCCACUUCCCAUCUAUAUGAAGAUGAUGAGCAUAUCUACGAGAAUAUCGGCCGCGAUGGCAAGAUACCCUUCCCAUGGAGAGGCGAACUGUACUACGAUGAUGUGCAGAGCAAUCAGAAUUGGCUUCAACCUAAAGGUAAUACUAGUUUUGGGAGGUUUUAGGAAUAUUGUAGUAGGUUAGAGGUAGAUAGUAAGGGUCUUAAGAGGUUGAAGUAGGUAUGGUAGGAUAGGAGCGGGUAGAGUAAGGUAGAGUAGAGUAAAGUAGGGUAGGGUUGGAAUAAGUAGAGUGUAGGGUAGGGUAGAAUAGGGUAAGCAAAGUAGAGCUUACGGUAGACCUACAGUAACCAAACAAACUAACCAAAAAUUUGUAGGUAUUCACCACUGGCGAAACUACCGCCGUCGCUGGCGAUGGCGCAAAAAGAAACUGGACCAACGUGCCGACUACGAACGUGACUACCUCCAAGAGACCGUCCAACGAAUGGAUGUUGUUUUAGAUUCGCCGGCGACGAAAGAAGCCAUCGGAAAGGUCAUAGCCAAUAAGUAUGGGCUGAUUGAGAACGACGAUGGCACAUGUGUACCAUUAAAGAGCGAUAAGAACAUUAGGAAUUCAAUAGACGCAUCGUUGAAACCGUUCAAAAUGAAAAAUGUCACUUAUGACCUGGGGGAUGAGGAUGGGAAAAGUGGUAAGAAAUCUUUAAGAAGGGUGGGGGGGGUAGGGACCAUGAGAAGAGGAGGGGGUUAAAAAUGAUUUUUCUUGUUAUGGUCAUAUUGAAAAUGACUAUAGUAGUAAGCUUUGUUGGUUUAUAAAAGGUUGAAAAUCGCAGAUUCUGUGAAAAUUUGCUUUGGUCCCAUCACGAAAAGCCUGAUCAGCUGGCAAAGUUGUUACAAUUUGGGCAUUUUUUUGUGUGGUUGUGGUAUUAUUACUGUCACGGUUUAAAAUUGCAAUUUAUAAAUGUAGAAAUGGCAAUUUGUUAAUGUUGAUUUUUGGUUCCGCCACGAAAACCUUGUUUAUGAGGGGAUUUGUUAAAAUGUUGCAUUUCUUGAUGAUUUUUUAAAAUAUUUUUAUUGGCAAUUAAUAAAGGAAGCUAAAAUACAUUUUUUAAAAGGUUUUCGUGCUGGGACCAAAAUCCAAAAUUCCAAAAUGUUAUUUUUGAAGUUUUUUAAAAAUUUUUUAGAAUUUUACAACAACAAUGAUUACAUUUUAUAUAUUUUUUACUUUAACUAGAUACAUUUAUCAUUUUAGAACAAAAAACGAAUGGCAUUUUGAAGGAAGAGCGAAAUUUAUUGAGUGGAAACAGCCCACAGGCCAGUCGAUGCUGGCUGCCAUCGCUGCCACAGGACUUUGAUGACAGUUUAUACCUGGAAUGGGGCGAGAACUUUUGGUUCAAGGUUAGACGGUUGAUUAUCAGAUCGAAAAGAAAGGUGAGCUUUAUUUUUUUUAAUUUUUAUUUUUUGCACAGUGCAAACAAAAAAAAUUUUUUUUUUGAAAUUUUAAUAAAUGAAAAUUGAUUUUUAAAAUUAAAAAAUUAUUUUUAAAGUGAAAAAAUUGUAGCAAGUCCGCUUCGACCCACUAGCACCAAGAUUCGUGCUUCAUUUUUCGACCGGUGAGCGUCUUCAUAUCGCCCCACCCAUGGCUAACAUGUCAAAUCGACUGAAACUGCUCGAAAACAAACGAUUCACUCACGUUUUGAUCGAUAAAAUGUUCGGAGUAAAGGAUGGAAUCAUACUGGAACAGUUCAUUCAUGGCAUGGUCUUCUUCUUCCCGGGGGCGUUGAAACGGCACGGUGAAGAGGAGAUAUCGUGGUGGACUAAGUGGUUUGUAAGUUGAUAUCUUGGCAUGUUAUACUAUCUUACCCCCUACCCCCUACCCCCUACCCCCUACCCCCUACCCCCCUACCCCCUACCCCCUACCCCCUACCCCCUACCCCCUACCCCUACCCCCUACCCCCUACCCCUGACCCUUGACCCUUACUUUGCUUCUAAUCUUGCCUUUAAUCCUACCAUGCCCCUAUCUCUACCCCACCUUAUCCUAUCCUGUCCUAUCUUCUCUUACCCCACCUAUAAUGCUUCAUCAUCCCUAGUCCUGCCCUACUAUUACUCACUGUUCCAGAUCGAAAACAACGAAGACGCAGUGUUUAUAGCCAAAUACAUCGAGUCCAACACGAUAAUCCGAGCAGCCAACUUUGCUCAUUACCUCGGAAUCGCAGCCAUGGAGGCAUGGGCAUGUCGAGUGUUGGUAGAGAGGGCAGAAGAUAUGAAUGUGGAAGAGUUACGAGAACUACUCAACGAACCCAAUGUUUUGGAUUGUCAGCAAGAUCUACUCAUCGGGAACCGAAAUGACGAGGAUAUUUAG